AUGUUAAUGAAACCUCAUAUCGUCGAGUUUUACUUCCAUAGUCCACUAUCUGCUACAGUUGCGAUGAAGAAAAUGAAUUGUCUGCAAACUAUUUUAACGAGAAGUGAACAGUUCGCCAAUUUAUUGUUAUGCAAGUAUUCUGCAUCAUUUACAUCUCCUCAUAUCCCUGUUAUGAAAUCAGAAAUAAUUGAGCAUACACAACCUAAAGCAGGACAAGUAUAUUUGGACAUGACGUUUGGCAGCGGAGGUCAUGCAAAUGAAAUAUUAAAAUAUGCUUCGAACAAUUUGAUCUGUUAUUUCUUAGAUCGUGAUCCAACAAGUUUAAGUUAUAUGCAACAACUUCAAGCAGCCUAUACUUCGUCGAAUCAUAAAAUGAUUCCGCUAAUUGGACGAUUCAGUGAUCUUCCCCAAUUGUUAAACAAAUUUGGUUUAACACAUUCCUCUGUUGACUUAAUCCUUAUGGAUUUGGGUGUCAGUUCUCCACAACUCGAUAGUGAAUCACGUGGAUUUGGUUUUAAACAUAAUGCUCCAUUAGAUAUGCGUAUGAACCAAAGCCAAUGUGUACAAAAAGACUCACCAACUGCUGCUGAAGUUGUCAAUACACUGAAGGCAGAAGAUUUAUCCAAGAUAUUCAGCACUUAUGGUGAAGAGCGUCAUGCCAACCGUAUCGCCAAUGCUAUAGUUGACUAUAGAAAUGAUGUUGGCGCUAUUCGCUCAACGAAACAGUUAGCCGAUUUAAUUCGAUCUGUUGUUUCGGUGGGAAAUAGAGCUGUAAGUCGUUCAAUCCAUCCGGCUACACGUGUAUUUCAAGCGUUACGUAUUUUCGUGAAUGAUGAAUUAAACGAGUUAUGCGUUGGUUUACAGUUGUCUGAAUCUUUGCUAAAGCCUGGUGGACAUUUAGCUGUUCUAUCUUUUCAUUCCUUAGAAGAUCGUUUAGUUAAAUACUUGUUCAAAUGCGAUGGUAAACAUUCAACGCUAUCAAAAUAUUUACCAUAUCAAAGUCUAAAAUCUGAAAUAAAUAGUAAAGAACUUCGAUACGAAGAUGAUUUGUAUUUAGGUCGAAGUGAAUCAUCCUCUUCAUUGAAAAAUAAAUUGAAAUGGAGUUCUGUCAUUGGACCAUUAACCCCUUCAACUUCUGAAGUCGAAUCCAAUCCAAGGAGCCGUUCAGCAAAGUUACGAAUAGCAAGAAAAGCAUAA